GGUUACAGGAGGGCAUCCCUAUGGAAACGUACAUCCACCCCCCCACUCCUCCACUGUGACUUCUAGUGCAGUAGCCAGCACAGUUCAUGGCUGUGGAAAUAACUACUCUGAUAGAGAAAGACAGACACAGCCAAACACUCCUGAAGAAGACGUUGAGGUGUCUCGUUUUAGCAUGGGCCUUACCGUUGCUCCCAAGCCAGUUGCUGGGAUGUCUCAGCAGAGAAACAUCAUCUCCAAGUCCAGUGGUUACCCUCCAUCCUCCCCCCACCUCUCUGUAGUACGGGGUCUGGGGCCUCCGCACCUCUCCACCCUAGCUAGUCCUCAGCCACCCCCUUCCCCUGCCUUACUGGGGUCUGAAAUGAACAACACCACUCCAAACCUACCUCCAUCCAAGACCACUCCCACCCAAACCCCUACUCCUACUUCUGGUGGGGGGUCCUCCUCUACCUCCUCUCGCUCCAGGACUCCCCUCUCAUUGGCUCAACAAAAAUACAAGAAGGGUGAUGUGGUGUGCACCCCUAAUGGUAUCCGUAAGAAGUUCAAUGGUAAGCAGUGGAGAAGGCUGUGCUCCAGGGAGGGCUGUAUGAAGGAGUCUCAGCGUCGAGGAUACUGCUCUAGACAUUUAUCCAUGAGGACCAAAGAGAUGGAGGCAGCAGGGGGAGAGAGGGGAGGAGGUGGCAGCAGCUCAGGGACAGUCACCCCCUCUGACUUGCGAGGCAGAGCCAGUAGUGAGUUUGAGUGGGACGACACAUCAAGGGAGAGCAGUGAGACCAGUAGCAGAGGAGACUCAAGGCCCCGUCUGGUCCUACCCUCCCUCCUCCCCCAUGAUCUGUCUUCACGCUUUGACUUCGAUGAGUGUGAGGCCGCCACCAUGCUUGUAUCAUUAGGGAGCUCUCGCUCUGGCACCCCCUCAUUUUCUCCCAUCUCCAACCAGUCGCCCUUCUCCCCUGCCCCCUCUCCCUCACCCUCCCCACUGUUUGGCUUCAGGCCGGCCAACUUCUCCCCGAUUACCGCCUCCCCGGUUCUGCAACACCGGAGGCACAGGCAGCCCAGUGGUACGGGGGGAGGAGGGGGAGGGGGCAGUAAAGCAACAACCUCAGCUGGAGGAGCAGAAAGGGAGAGACACACUUCAGGCAUCCAGCCCUCCUUCCACAGCAACCUGACGUUUACAGUCCCCAUGAGCCCCAGCAAACGAAAGCCAGAUGCACCUCCUCCACCACCCCUUCCUUCACACCACCACGAUUACACACCCAAGACAGAGCUGGACCAGGGGGACCUCAACUCUUUCAGGGUGCUGUCCCCCCAAACACCAGCUUCACAUUCCCACACACACACAUCCACCUUCUCCCGACCCAGAGGGGUGACCACCCCCUCCUCCAGUAGACCCCCGUCCUCCACUGCUGUCUCCCCUCCUCCUCUACUGGUGUCUCCAACUCCUCCUUCACCUCUCACUCCAGAUGGAGGGCCUCGUCGUGUGGUCCCUGUAUCCCAACAGGCUUUGCGGGACUCCCCUGUCAUUGUGAGGAAUCCCGAAGUCCCACUGGCAAAAUUUACAGAAUGUCCCUUGGGAAGAGGCGGAGGAGGAGGUGGAAACGAGGGAGGGAUAGAUAACACUUCAUCUAAAGACAUCGGCUUAACACCCCUCACCCCUCAGCCAAUUUCUGGCCUCCAGGUUCCCGUCCCCAUUAACGCUGCUACAGCCACAGUACCCAACGGCACCGUCCUUUUGCGAAGCCCAGCCCAGACUCUGGUGCUUGUGUCCCCAACACCUUCUUCCCUGCCCACUACUGACACCCCUGCAACCCCCCUGCAGGCCCUGUCAGUUACUGUCAGCACAGCAGUCACAGCUCACGCUCCAAGUAGCACGGACACCUCUGGGGAACGGGAGGAGAACAGGGGGACGGGGUUCGGGGGUGAGGUCCAGCAGCCAGUUCCUUGUCACCCUUCUCCUACUGCACUGCUGCCCUUGAUCCUGCCAGCGGAAAGUCUUCACCCCGUCCCACGAAAGGACAUCAUCAUGGGACGUCCUGGCACAGUGUGGACCAAUGUAGAGCCCCGGUCAGUUCCAGUCUUCCCCUGGCAUUCAUUGGUCCCUUUCCUGGCACCAACCCAAUCAGAUGCUGCUUCUCAGCCAGGAGAGGGCCAGCACCCCGUCAACCACCCCCAAGCAGCCAGUCUGAAGACAGAGUGUCAGGGGGUGGCAGCGCUGUCACAGGAGCCUGCAGAGGCACCUCCCACUGUAGAAAGAGGUCCACCGUCCCGGCCUCCCCCCUCCUCUGAUGAGCCGCCUCCAGAGAAGGAGAAAGGAGAUGCAGAGAGAGAAAGGCCUGACAGCGAGACAGAGAGUGAUGUGGAUGACCCCUUCCUCCCAGGAGUUGUACCAGAGCAGCCCCUCUCUACAUCACCAGUAAAGCGACGCACUCAGUCCCUCAGUGCGCUGCCCAAAGAUGGAGACAAGAGCAGCCCUGGAAAGCGGGAGAAGGACCACAUCCGGCGACCGAUGAAUGCCUUUAUGAUUUUCAGUAAGCGGCAUAGAGCAUUGGUGCACCAGAGGCAUCCAAACCAGGACAACAGGACUGUCAGCAAGAUUCUUGGGGAGUGGUGGUAUGCGCUGGGACCCAAGGAGAAACAAAAGUACCACGAUUUGGCCUUCCAGGUAAAAGAGGCCCACUUUAAGGCACACCCAGACUGGAAGUGGUGCAACAAAGACAGGAAGAAGUCCAGCUCUGAAGGUCGUGGGGUCCCAGGGGGCAAAGACAUCAGAGAGAGGAGCAUGUCUGAGUCCACAGAGCCCCACUCUGUGGAGCUGAAGGGGGUUGGUCCAGGUCUGGUGUCUGAGAGGAGUACAGGAGAGGGUCAUGUGGGCCAGCUUACCCGUCCCCGAGCCUUCUCUCAAAGUGCCAUGCACAGCCUGGAGCGGAGUGAUAGGGGUAAUACACAGGCCCUGGCAGAACUGGCACAGAUGUGUGGCGAUGGUGGCAGCCAGUUUUCAAGCCAUGCCCCACCCCUGUCGCAGUCCCAGCGGGGGGUCAGUGAGGACAUGACCAGUGAUGAGGAGCGCAUGGUCAUCUGUGAAGAGGAGGGAGAUGAUGAUGUCAUUGAGGACCCCUAUCCGAGCAGUUCCAUAGACCUCAAGUGUAAGGAGCGGGUGACUGACAGCGACAGUGAUAACGGUUCUGGAGAUGAAAGCGAUCGAAAGAGAGUUUUUGCUCCAGUCAUCUGCUCUACUGCAUCAUCUUCCUCACACCAUACCCCUCAUGGCAGGAGUGUCUCACUGUCCUCUUACCCCACCAACAAGCGUUAUGAUGAGGGGAGAUCAGGAGGGGGAGGGUUUUCAGAUCACAGGAGGAAGGAAAGAGGAGAAGGAGAGGGUAAGGACACAUUUGGGGGGGAGGCAGCAGGAGGAGGAGGAGGAGGAGGAGUGCACGCCUCUUCUCUCUCCCUCUCUUCUGGUCAGUCAGUCAUUUCCACUUCUCCAGCUGGAGGGCCUCCAUCCUCGUCAGUGGGUUCACUGGGUGGGAACCCACUCCUGGGCGUUGGUGCUGUGAGGGUGGCCUCUACUGUGGUGACCAAUGUAAUGCGUCCUGUUAUCAGCACACCACUCCCCAUUGCCAGCAAACCCAGAGAUGGAGGCACUUCAUCCAGCCCACAUCCACCAGAGAGGAAGUCCCUGACUCCACAGCAGCAGCCGCAACUUCUGAUUGGUUCAGGACCAGGAGGCGGGGCCACAGCCACAGGGGGUGGGUACUACUCUUCUUCAUCACCUAAUCCUGUAGGUGGAGGCGUGGGCCCAGGUGGUGUAGUGACAAAUUUGGUGUUAGGAGGGGCUCUGUCUGCUCAACCUGCUGUACAGCUCAUCACCCCCUCCCCCCAGCCUCAGCCCUCCCAGCAGCAGGCCCUUCCCUCCACCGCUGUUUCAGCUCCACAUAACCAAACCAAUGGGCCCCUGCCUCUGCCCCUGCUUCAGCCCCAGUUCCUUCCUGCUUCCUCGCUGGCACCCCACGGGGGUAAGGCCAUCACACAAGUUCAGUACAUCCUGCCCACCCUACCUGCCAACACCAACCCCAAGAGUCCACCUCAGCAGCUCAGCCAGCCAACCAGUAUCUUCAACCUGCCCACAGCUCCACCCGCACACGUGUCCUUAGCCAAUGGAAAGCAGCAGGGUACAAGUUCACUGACAGGCUAUACGUCCAGCCCAGCAGUGGGAGUGGUCAGCCCGGGAACUCGAGUACAAACACAAUCUCCAGUGCUCCAGGGUAAAAUGCUUGUUCCCAUGGCAACAGUACGGACUGCGCCAGCCCCUGCCCAGCAGUUUCCCAUUGUGGCUCCACCUCUUCCUGUCCAGAACGGUGCUCAGACUGGAAGCAAGAUCAUUCAGAUAGCGCCCAUGCCUGUGGUCCAGUCUCAGCUGCCUCAGGGCGGAGCAGUGCACCCUGCCAGCCCCUUCCCCGUAACAGUAGGCACAGCUGCUGUGGUGGCUCCAGGAUCAGCGCCUUCCCAGGCUGUACUACUGCCACCAGCACCUACCAGGAUCACCUAUGUCCAGUCCACUCCAGGGGUCCCAUCCACUCUGCCUCUGGUCUCCACGGCAACAGGCUCUUCCCCCACCCAGCAAGCUCUGCCAGUGCCUGGAUCUGCAUAUGUUCCCUCGCCCCUAGCAACACUCGGGUUUACAGCCAUCGCACCACCUGGACAGACAUUGGUUCAGCCACUGAUUGCAGGUCAGCCACCGCUCAUAGCCACAGCUCAAUCUCCACAGCCCUCCACCUCAGCCCCCGCCUCAGGCUCCGGGGGCCAGAUAGUCACCGCCAUCUACCCUCCUUCACCUAGCGUCACUAUGGCAACAGGGGUGGUCUCCAUGACAGCAGUGCCCCCCAGCGUGGUCUAUUCCGUCUCCAGCCCUUCCAGUGCUUCCCCUCACAUCCUGCCCAAACACACAGCAACACCCGCCACAAUCACACACCCACAUCCGGACAGACAGGCAGACAGGCACCUGCCUCUGGACAGACCUGCAGAUCGACAAGCUGAAAGGCAGGCGGAGAGGCAGACAGAGCUGCUGACACAUUCGGACAGACAGCUUGAGAGGCAGAUGCAGACCUCCAGCAGUAGCAGCUCAGUGGCACCUCCCAGUGGCUCAGCUGUGUCCAUAAGGCCCUGCAGUCCUCCACUUCAAAUCCAAACACCUGGUAGCACACCAGGUACACCCAAACUCACCCAGCUUCCAGUCAGGACCCCUCAGAAAGUGAAGGCAACAGUGGCAAACAUACCCGUGGGCAGCUAUGAAGGAGGAGGAAGAGGAAAAGAGAGAGAACGGGAAAAGGAUAGGGAGCGAGAGAGGGAACGAGAGAGGGAGCGAGAGCGUGAAAAGGAGAGAGAGCGAGAAAGGGAAGCUGCGGCCAACAGUCACUUCUCCUUUGAUCCUGAGCCGGCAGGGCAGACAGCGUCUCCAUCAACACAUCCUGCCGAGGAGCCGCCAUCCUCUGACCGAGCCCUGGAGAGCUCCAGUGCAGCGGACUCCUCUGACACAAGGACCAGGGAAAGCACAACCGCCAAAGAGACUGGAUGGAAGGAGUCCCUCCCUUCUUCUCCUCUCCCUCCUCCAUCAGCCACAGAACCUGCCCUGCCUCCCCCACAGACUGACAAAGAGGGUCCUGCGCCCAAAAAGGUUAAAGCCCGCCCACCACCUCUAAAGAAGACUUUUGACUCUGUGGACAAGUCUGGCAGGGUGCUGUCAGAGGUGUAUUUUGAGGAGCGCUUUGCGGAGCUGCCAGAGUUUCGGCCUGAGGAGGUUUUGCCUUCACCCACCCUGCAGAGUCUGGCCACUUCACCCCGCGCAAUUCUGGGCAGCUAUCGUCGCAAGAGGAAGAACUCUACAGAUUUGGACUCAGCCACUGACGAUCAAGUCUCUCCUAAAAGAAAAAGCCGCCGGCGCUCAAGCUGCAGCUCAGAGCCCAACACGCCCAAAAGUGCCGCAAAGUGUGAGGGAGACAUCUUCACCUUCGACAGAGCAGCCACAGAUGGAGAAGACAUCCUGGCAGAACUGGAGUUUGAUAAGGUGCCGUACUCCUCCCUGCGACGAACACUGGACCAGAGGAGAGCACUGGUCAUGCAGCUGUUCCAGGAGCAGGGCUUCUUUCCAUCAGCUCAGGCCACUGCAGCCUUCCAGACGAGAUACUCUGACAUAUUUCCCACCAAGGUGUGUCUGCAGCUGAAGAUCAGGGAGGUCCGGCAGAAGAUCAUGCAGACCGCUGCCCCCUCCGAUGCCUCUGGUUUAGGUAUCUCUGACUCAGCCUGCUCCCUCCCUGGACCUUCUGGUUCCCAGGCAGGAGAAGGAUCUGGGAGAGGGGGCGGGGACCUGCAGGAUGAAGAAGUGGAGCAGGGGACAGACCUAAGCCCAGAGGAAACACGGGACUCACAGGACUCUUGCAGAUGAGGGAUGCUGACUAAUUAGAUUGACCAAUCAGUGACUGUUGCUGUCACUCAUCUUCAUGCCCUACACACUUUCAAGUUUCCAGUUUUUUUUUUUAAAUCCACCCUCUUUGCUUUCCACUGAUCAGAUCCUGAUUUCUUUCUAUCCUCAGCAGCCAACCUUUUGAGAGUAAGAGAUGUUUGUAUGCAAUGUUGAGAUUUUUUUUUUUUAAUUUGUGACCAUUGUACCAAAAAAAAGGACAUGUGAAAAAGCAGUGGCACAAAAACUACCACAACACCGGCACACAACCUGCAAACUCUUAAAUCCCACACUUGAAUUAGCACUCUGUAUUAACCACCUUGCAGGAAGCUCCCAUUGAUGCCAGUGAACGAAGAACCAUUGUGUACAGCUGCACUCAUUUGCCUCGAAGAUGAAAGGGUUCUUGUUUUGGACGGAGAAACCUGCUUAACCCGUUCUGAGAUGGUGAAAAGUCAGCAGUUUUAAAAAAAAAAAAAAAAAGAAGAAAAAAAAGGAUGUUACAUGUUUUGAUAUUUGUUUUUAACAGGGUUAGAUGAGUAAAAGCAGUAUGUUUCUGCUUGAGGAACAACCUGUAUGUAGACUGAACUGUUGUAAGCUUGUUUCUUGUUUCUGCUGACAUUCGGGGGCUGGGCCCUCAACAGCUGGAAACUAUUUGAUUUGACAAGAUUGAUUUCACAAGCACUCAUUGCUAUGGACCUGGAAAUAUCUUUUUCACCAUUUCACUGCUCGCAUGUAGACCUUCAGGAGGGGUCUACCAGGAGAGACUGAAAAAUCGACUGAAAUGUUAGUGGACUUCUGGCAGUGCCAUCAUUCCUGCAAUUACCUGUCUGGCCAAGUCCUCAUUUCUCACAACUGACCCGAGCACAUGCCAGUAGGUAGGAACCAAGCAUUCCUGUGCCUCUCAUUCGCUAGCCAUGAAGGAACGAGGUGGGUCAGAGUCAAUGGGCACAUCCUGGCUCUUAGUUGUAGAGGUCAGGCUGUUACAGCCUUAAUCCUCCAUUGCCAAGCAGUUUUAUUAACUUUUUUAAAAAUAAUUUGAUUUGUAUUUAACAUGGUCAUAUUAAGUUUGUUGUUGUACUAUUCAUAUGGUUAUUGUUAUUACUCCUAUCACUGCAGUGGAUCCUGGUCCUUAGUUCUACUUUCAUUGCUGGCAGAUGUUUCCUUAAUUUCUGCCAGCUGUUGAUUGCUUGUUCUAGUUUUUUUUAUAUAUAAUUUUGAAGGCAGGUGAGAGAUGCUGCUCCACACCUGUACAGUUACUCCAUUGUAGUCUUCCCUUGACUGCCUCACCUCAGCAAGGACCUGUGGUGCAGUUAUUUUUAUGAUUCAUUUCAAAGAGGAAGACAAACUCAACGUGGACCUUUAUAUCCUUUCAACAGUAAUAAGCAGUAUGUUUUUCAACAACCUUGUAUGCCUCUGUCCCUCGCUAAGUUUGACUCUAUAGCCUCAACACUUGUACAUCUCUUUCCUCCACCUCUUUCCUUCCCUCCUUCCUCCCUUUGUCACUUUAUUGCUCUCUCCAGACCUCCUUUUUAGACGGACGGAGAGAAAACUGGGGUAAGUGAGAGGAGGGUAAUGAAUCAAAGAGAGCUGGUAGGAUAUAAUACUGGUUGUGUCUUUGUGCAAGACUUGGUUGUGUUGUAAAUAAUUACUGUAGAGUCAGUAGACUCAUUAUAUUAUUGAUAAGGAAAAAUCUGUCAUUGAACAUAAGUUGACUUUUAAGACACCCAUUACCGAAGGUAAAACACAUGAAAUGGAAAAACAAUAAUAAAUAUGGCUAUUAAUGUUUUUGUGUUAUACUCCUUGUUUUGCUGUUCCAGUAUGCAAGAGAGGAAUUUAUAUGAAUAAUUUAAGUUUGUAACUGUAUCUUUCAGUAUGCAAAUAAAAAUAGGUGUUCAAUUAAAGUGAUUUUAUUGCUGGAAAUGUGAAAAAUGGGUUUUCCUUCAGCAGAGAUAAAAUAAAUGGCGUGGUUCUAAAA